AUGACAACGCAGCAAUUUAUAGCAUUGGUGAUUGGUGGUCGAAUUGUUUGUCUGAACACAGUGUUCUCUCAGCAUUCGAUGCCCGAGUUCCGGACGAUAUAUCUCCAGACACUCCCGAUGAUCGUCGUCUUACUGGAGCAAUCGCCUCUGAUGAUCACUCCAUUGGACGACAGCUUCACACCUACGACAGACUUGAAACAAACUCAGAAGUAUCGUUUAGCUGAAUUAGGAUAUGUGGCCGUUGGUGAAUCGCAUCCUAUUCCUCAUGAACUACCACUAUCGUUACCUCGAUCACUACAAGCACAAGCAUCUGAUCUACAAAUGGGUCGUGAGAUAGCACUCUUACUUGCCCGCACGGGAAAGGUUUAUUAUGCGGGUAAUGGAACCCGCGUUGGAUUGCAGGAUACACGAUGCACAUGGAUGGAGUUGGUUCUUCCCGAAGCGAUCGUUUCACUGUCUGUGGGCGCAGACACUGAGACGAUUGUGCUCAGAUCUGGUUCGGGUCAUGUUUGGAUCGCCGGCCUUGGACCUGAAACGCUUUGUCAGGGCAGUCCAGCAACUGGCCGUUUCCAACGACAAGAAGUUGGCUCGUCAGCAGCAAAGCUGAGAAAGCUGCAAACGGCCAAUAGGCGUAAGUGUGUAGCAGUGGCCGUCUCUUCCGGUUGUAUAGCGUACGUUACGGAUAACGGGAAGGCGUACAUUUAUGGUCGACAUGCGAUGCAGUGUCAUCCGGAAACAGGUCAUAUUCUUGGCCUGGAUAACGUGCAUCUGGCAUCGAUCUCGCUUGGCAAGACACAUGCGGCUGCUGUCACUCGACACGGACAUCUCUACACUUGGGGUUUGAACAAUCUGAAUCAAUGUGGGCGAGCUGAAUCGACAGGAUCGUUACCGCGUGGUGGUCUUACGAAUGAUGAUUUAGCAAGUUCAGCUCGAGCUGCACAAGGUGACGACACAGAAUAUACGGACUUCUGUGCACCAACUGAGCAUAUGUGGGUGAAAGAUUUCGCGUCGAUUUGCGUAAAAUGUGGAAAAUGCUCGGCGAGAGGAGCCAGGUAG